AUGGAAGCUUUCUAUGAACUCUACACCUUGUGGUGUCAGGGGAAUCAGAGUGAGGAAUCUGAGAUUGCCAAGAGCCGAUGUUUCGCCCAAGUCUAUGAAGAGCGGUGGAAAGGUAUGGUGCAAUUCAGAGAAGCUUCUCAACAUGCCCGGUUCAGGUCAGUGACCCACGUCUUCGGCGAAGAUUUCGUGGCCAUCAUCAAUGAGAAAGUGAAACCUGUCCGGAACCGUGAGCUUAGAGCUGAGAUCUUGGUUGGGAGCUUGAACUGGCGGGACUACUAUGUGCAAUAUGGAACUGACAUGGCUGGAUUGGUGACCAAGCCCAACUCUGAUUUGAGUGUCAAUCACUGUUGGAGAUUCAUUCGCCGGGCUGAGGACUAUCCAUUCCAUCCAGAUGACUGCAUCCUUCUGGUGAAGUACCUUGUGAACUCUCAGAGUUUGUCCCAACCGCCACUGGCUGCCCUUCCAGUGAAGUUUGCAGAACGACUGAUCAAGAACUUGGAAUCCCUUCCGAGAAACCUCUUGUCUGACAGAGCCAAGAAAGAGUUACAUGGAUUCAAUGUUCAUAUUAUCAAGGAUGCCAAUGUUCGCCAAGAUUGGCAAUCUGUCAGUGAACCAAUCUGGUGGUUCUCACGAGAUACAAGGGCGUUGUGCUUGGCCCCAAAUCCAGAGGGGUGGGAACGAUUUGCACCUGGACCAGUUCAAACUGUGACCAUUCUCCCAUCCAAGAAGGACCAUGCCACCAAACAACCUCGAAAAAGAGGCCGUGCUCCCAGGGCAAGUGGCCCAGGUGAGCAGCAGAUCUUUGCUGAGAAGUCGUCAGUGGCCAGUGUUGCUGUGCCACCUCAGGUGGAUGCAGAAGAGCCAGAGCCACCCCAACCCUCUGCUGUUGCUACCCCAGCUCAGCCGCCCCCACCAGAGCGUGCCACUUUUGCUGGUCGAACUGGGGUUGGGUCUGAUGAAUUUCGAACCAGUUGGAAUGAUCGAAGGGCUAUGUACUACUAG